GAUAAAAAAAGUUUUCUGAGCAUGUGUUCGAGUCGCCUCUCCUAACAAAUGCAUUCAGCUACAGUGAAACAAAAGGCAACCACAGAUACUGCUGCCAGACAUUCCAAUGUAGUGACAGUGCACUGUGCAUUCGGGCUGCUUAUCAUUACCAGCCCUGCAACGCCUAUUGUCCUCCUGAGCUGCCGCGAACUGGCCACUACAAGCCUAACAGCACCUCUAGUCCCAGCUGCCGGGAGGCGGUGUUUGGGUUUCUUCUCCUCAUCUCAUCAAGCCGAGUCACUCUCUUCCCAAUCCCGAUAGCUCAUAACUCGUGUUACAGAGUUAUCAUCGGAAAGUAAUCGGACUUUUCUGGAUUGAUUUGCUGCGAAUGCAAAGUUUGUUUGAGAGAGGCCUUACCAGAAGGACAGAGCAAAGGAACCAGUGACAUCACAGUGACUAUCUAGCCGGCACACCCAAAUAUCCACACACAGUCACUGAAUGUGGACCGGAGUACCCAGGAAUUCUUCUGCUGUCCAGGGUCAAGGCUUAUAUCCUAGCUUUUACAGCUGGAUCGGCUUCUGUUUUGACAACAUAGUCUGUUUGGUGUGAAGGUUCCCCUGGAUCUGCCUACCUACACCUCCAUCUCUGUCCUUCAAACUAAAUGAUUGUUGGCCUGCUGACCUUUAGAUGCUCAAUGACCUGAGGCUCCAGCAGAGAGAGGAAAAACAAGUGACACUAUGACUUCAGCAAAGGAGACUUGCGUGACACGGCGUAAACCAGGAACUACAGAGCCCAGUACGCACCAGAACAAUGAAGAAAGACGGCAUUCUGACCAACCGUUGGUGAGCUGCCAGUGUAGCCCCACCUCCAGCCCACCCCUCCGGCUGUACAGGAAGUUAUCUUGUGACUGUUUAGAUGGGAAGUUUCUGGAAACAGGAUGUCGAGGCUGGGAUUACCGUUCUAGAGCAGCUAGCUCUAUAACCUCCCACAGUGUCGCUUCUACACAGCACUGCAUGUAUUCCAGACAGCCCUGUGGGUCAAAUGACCUUACAAAUAGAGCCCGGAGUCACGGGACAGGGCUCUUGUACAGCGAGUGUGGACUGGACACUGUGUGUCAAGAAAUAGGUCCCGCUGCCCAGUGUUCUACUCCCCAGGGUUCCACUUCCCAUGGUUGUGCUCCUAAGGGUUCUAUUCCCCGGGGUUAUACUGCUGGGACUGUGGAUCGUCCUCAGGCAGCAGCUAGUGGAAUGCCAGCGUGGAACUGCCCAGAGGGAAACUCCUGCCAACUGGAAUGUAACAGCGCUGCUCUGGUCUCUCACAGGCCCAGCGCUCGUCCCAAUUCCUGUCACUGCUCCAGCCCCGGCCCUUCUGCCUGCCCCUGCUUCCCCAGCCCCAGCCCCAGCCCUAGCCCCAGCCCCAGCCCCAGCCCCAGCCCCAGCCCCAGCCCCAGCCCCAGCCCCAGCCCCAGCCCCAAACCCAUAUUAAGCCCCAGCCUCAAGCUCACCGCUCAACGUCGGAGCAGCUUGCCUGUGUCUGUGUUAUCAACUUCUCAUUCUCCCCAGGGAGACCCAGGCCCCCCAGAUACCUCUCCCAAGACUAGAGCUUCCCUCUGCAGGCGUGAUGCCCGCAGACUCUGCCCGAGAGACGGCUACUCCAGCCUAGAGAGGCUGAACAGGAGGCCCAAGCCCAUGGUCUCCUCCGUGGAAAAUGUCUUCCUCCGUCGGGCUUCCCUUGAAGCCAUGACAGCUUCCAGGUCACCACUGGGGUCAUCACCUGGGGCAAUGGUCAGCCCACCAAAAAGCGACAGUGAUGGAGGCCUGUCAGACAGUGAAUUUGUACGGAACAAGAAGGAACGCUCUACUGUUCUGGUCCGGAGGUUCUACAGGAACAACCAGGAAGUGAAGAAGUCUGUGUGUACCGGCACCAGAGCCAUCGUUAGGACUCUGCCCUCAGGUCACAUUUCCGACCAUGUCUGGGGGGUUGUUUGUAGAAGAACCUGGCGCCCCAGUGAGAAAGACAUUCAGCCAAUCAGAAAGCAUGGUGUGGAGGAUCUUGUUACCAGCCUGAAGGUCUGCAGAGCUCUGCUACGGUACCCUGGGGUCAGAUUCUCACAGAUCGGCCAUGUACUGAAUGUGGAGGAGCAGCAGCCCCACCCCUGCAGGACGCUCCCGCUCUCCCCUGGGUGUGUGUGUCUGAGGGUGGCAUGGCCACCUCCCUGCUCCGGGCCCUGGCACUGUCCCUUUCAACCUAGGUUCUACCGUGCCAGCUCACAGAGAACAUCUGUGAGCACACACCUGACUGGUGCCCUGCUGGAGGCUACUACUGCCCUCGGUGCCCGCUCUGCCCUGCCCUGUGUCCCUGUGGGCUCCACUGGGCAAGCCAUGCUCAAAGAACGCCAGCUGUGCAGCAGCAUGGCAAGCUCCGUCAGCACCCUCCCUCCCAGCGUGACGGGCAUCAGUAAGGAGCUGGCGGACCUGCGUCACCUGGUCCAGUUCCCGGAGGAGAUCGCCGCCAUCCUGACGGACCAGGAGCAGCGGCUGUACCGCCGCGUCUUCCCCCUCGACUACCUCUGCUUCCUGACCCACGACCUGGGCAGCCCCGAGCCCUCUGGGGGGCGACGCCAUCCCAACCUGAAGGCCUCGCUCUCCGCCCCCACCAUGCCCACCCAGAAUGCCCGGCGCAACGCCGUCGAGGACCUGGUCACCCGCUUCAACGAGGUGAGCUCGUGGGUGACCUGGCUGGUGCUGACAGCUGGCUCCAUGGAGGAGAAGAGAGAGGUGUUUUCCUACCUGGUCCAUGUGGCCAAGUGCUGUUGGAACACGGGCAACUACAACGCCGUCAUGGAGUUCCUGGCUGGGCUUAGGUCUCGUAAGGUUCUGAAGAUGUGGCAGUUCAUGGACCAGGGGGACAUUGAGACCAUGCGGAGUCUGAAGGACGCCAUGGCGCAGCAUGAGUCCUCCUCCGAGUACAAGAAAGUGGUGACCCGCGCACUCAAUAUCCCAGGGUGCAAAGUAGUGCCGUUCUGUGGCGUCUUCCUGAAGGAGCUGAGCGAUGCGCUGGACGGAACCGCCAGCAUCAUCAGUCUGCGCCCACCCAGCGAUCACAACGAUGACUCGCUGGAGUUCGUAACAGACUACAGCGGCCAGCAGCACUUCCUGCAGAGGGUGGGGCCAGAUGGGCUGCACACCCAGGAAAAGGAAGCGACUGUCAGCAACAUCCUGCAGAUCAUUCGAAGCUGCAACCGCAGCCUGGAGGCGGAAGAAGGGGAGGAAACGCCUCUAAAAGAUGGCGUAGCGUCCCGCAAGAAUUCUUUCCGGGACAGGAACAAGCGCCACUCCCACUCUUUCAGGAGUACAUCAGACUCAAACCGUGUUUUGUUUGUGGUGGGGGACCUGUCUGACUCGGAGGGGGACCUGGCAGAUCCUCAUGGGAAGAUGGAGGUGGAGUUCCAGGGCACUGAGGAGACCCAUCAGGCCUUCAGCCACAGCACUGAGCUCAUCCCCUGGUACGUGCUGUCCCUCCAGCCGGACGUGCACCAGUUUCUCCUGCAGGGGGCCACCGUCAUCCACUAUGACCAGGAGAGCCACCUGACCGCCCGCUGUCUGCUCAGGCUACAGCCAGACAAUGUCACCCUGACCUGGGCCAAGCCACAGAGUGGAGGCCCUUCCCCCCCGGAGUCCCCAGCCCUGGGACAGCCAGUGGUCAGUGGGCUGGCAGAGGGGCUGCUGGACCUGGGAGUGGUGAAGGCGGUGUUCCUCGGCCACUCCGGGGUGGACGUUCACUCCGUGUGUCUGCAGAACAAGCUGAGUCACAUGACCUGCGAGGAGAACGGCCUGAGCCUGCUGUACGGCCUCUCCACCACCGACAACCGCCUUCUGCACUUCAUGGCGCCCAAUCACACGACCCGCAUGCUUUACGAGGGCUUGUCUGAGCUAGUUAGUGCCAUGAGGAAGCUGAAAAAGUUCCCCGACCAGAGACUGACCUGGCUUAGGAGACAGUACGUUAGCCUGUACCAGGAGGAGGGGAGGUUCGAGGGCCCCACCCUGGCCCAGGCCAUCGAGCUGUUCGGUGGGCGUCGGUGGAACAUGGGCGCAGGUGGUUCGGAGAGGGCUGGUGCCCAGAAGAACAGCCCCCUGGGUAUAAAUACCAACACCAAGAAGAAGAAGAAGGCUCCCAUCAGGGCAGACAGUGGAGAUGCUACUGAUGAUGAGAUGAUCUCCAGGAAGACUCGGAGCUGUAAGGAGAGCCUGGGUCGGAACGGACUGGACCUUUCAGACAGCAUAGACCAGGAGGAGCCAGAGGGCUGUCCCCUGGGCUUUCCCGGACCCUUCCCCCUCUCCACCAGUAAGGCCCCUACCUCCCUGACGUCCUCCGCCUCUUCCUCCUCGUCCUCCUCCUCGUCCUCCUCCAGCAUGGGGAGCACCAGCACCUCCCGCCCCCACUCCUCUCCCAUCCUGCCGGGCAGCUCCAAGGCCCAGCCAGGAGCGUGGAGCAGCAAGAGUUGGCACGGCCGAGGGAAAGGCUGCUUCAAGGGCUUCCAGAACCUCAUGAUCUCGGACAGCACCAUGAGCUUCAUUGAGUUUGUCGAGCUCUUCAAGUCCUUCAGCAUUCGGAGCAGGAAGGACCUGAAGGAGUUGUUUGACACCCACGCAGUACCCUGCAGUCGCUCAGGCCCCGAGUCUGCUCCUCUCUACACCAGCCUCCACAUCGAUGACAAGGACACAGGCCUGCAGCCAGACCUGGACCUGCUGACUCGUAAUGGUUCGGACCUAGGACUGUUUAUCAGGACGCGCCAGCAGAUGUCCGAAAACCAGAAGCAGAUCUCCGACGCCAUCGCGGCGGCCAGCAUCGUCACCAACGGCACUGGUGUGGAGAACGCCUCGCUAGGUGUGCUGGGAUUGGCUAUCCCCCAGCUCAACGACUUCCUGGUCAACUGUCAGAGAGAACACCUGACGUAUGACGAGAUUCUCAGCAUCAUCCAGAAAUUUGAGCCAUCCGCAAGCAUGCGUCAAAUGGGUUGGAUGUCCUUUGAGGGAUUUGCCAGGUUUCUGAUGGACAAGGAUAACUUUGCCUCGAGGAACGAGGAGUCUCAGGUGAAGGUGGAGGAGCUCCAGUACCCCAUGUCAUACUACUACAUCGAGUCCUCCCACAACACCUACCUGACUGGGCACCAGCUGAAGGGGGAAUCCUCUGUGGAGCUCUACAGUCAGGUGCUGCUACAAGGCUGCCGGAGUGUGGAGCUGGACUGUUGGGAUGGAGAUGAUGGGAUGCCUAUCAUCUACCAUGGACACACCCUCACUACCAAGAUCCCCUUCAAGGAUGUGGUGGAGGCUGUGAACCGCGCCGCGUUCCUCUGCUCCGACAUGCCCGUCAUCCUGUCCAUUGAAAACCACUGCUCCCUCCCCCAGCAACGCAAGAUGGCCGAAAUCUUUAAGGCGGUCUUCGGGGAGCGUCUGGUGACCAGGUUCCUGUUUGAGAGCGACUUCUCAGAUGACCCUCUGCUCCCCUCGCCCCUCCAGCUCCGGGGCAAGAUCCUCCUGAAGAACAAGAAGCUGAAGGCCCACCAGGCCCCUGUAGACAUCCUCAAGCAGAAGGCUCACCAGCUGGCACACAUGCAGGCCCAGGCUAGCAACGGGACACCGGGGGGAAGCUCCCCUGGCAACCAUGCCAACGAGGAUGAGGAAGAGGAGGAAGACGAGUAUGACUACGACUAUGAAUCUCUUUCUGAUGCCGACGUCCUUACGGCCUCCACAGCCUCUUACUCUUACUGCCAUGAAGACAACAUCCUUGAGGACAAGCCUGAUGCAAAGUCCUCAGGUGACAAGGAGGACCCCCCCUGUGAUGAGAUGCCCAAGAGGUUGAAGAAAGCAGACAGCGCCACCCAGAGCAAAGGAAAGGUGUUUGACAUGGAGCUGGGAGAAGAGUUCUACCUCCCUCACAACAAGAAGGAGAGUCGCCAGAUCGCCCAGGAGCUCUCCGACCUCAUUAUCUACUGCCAGGCCGUCAAGUUCCCGGGCCUGUCCACGCUCUCCCCUUCGGGCUCUGGGAGAGGGAAAGACAGAGGGAAGAGCAGGAAGUCCAUAUUUGGCACGGCUCCUGGUCGCUGCACCCCCGGGGAGGCGGGAUCUCAGGGUCGGACCCAAGGGAAGGGUGGCGCCGAGGGCCAGCGCCUGAGCUGGGAGGAGCAGACGUCGCCCGUCCUCAACCCCAGCACCUCCUUGAGUGCCAUAAUCCGCACUCCAAAGUGCUACCACAUCUCCUCCGUCAACGAGAACGCAGCCAAGCGUCUGUGCCGCCGUUACUCCCAGAAGCUGAUUCAGCACACCACCUGCCAGCUCCUCAGGACCUACCCAGCCGCCACGCGCAUCGACUCGGCCAACCCCAACCCCCUGCCCUUCUGGCUGCAUGGCAUCCAGCUGGUGGCGCUCAACUACCAGACAGAUGACCAGUCCAUGCAGCUGAACACGGCGCUGUUCGAGGCUAACGGGGGCUGUGGCUACGUCCUGAAGCCCCAGGUGUUGUGGGACCGCAGCUGUCCCCUCUACCAACAGCUCUGCCCUCUCGAGAGGGACAUGGAGAGCAUGCACCCCACCGUGUACUCUCUCACGAUCAUGUCUGGUCAGAACGUGUGCCCGGGCAACAGUGCGGGCAGCCCGUGUGUGGAGGUGGAUGUCCUGGGCAUGCCCGUGGACAGCUGUCACUUCCGCACCAAGCCCAUCCACCGCAACACCCUCAACCCCAUGUGGAGCGAGCCCUUCCUGUUCUCCGUUCACUUCCAGGAGAUGUGCUUCGUAAGGAUCGCCGUGGUGGAGAACAACAGCUCCCAGACCACCGCGCAGAGGACCCUGCCCCUGCUCGCUCUCAAACCAGGCUACAGGCACAUCCAGCUGAGGACCCAGCACAACGAGCCUCUGGAGGUGUCCAGCCUGUUCAUCUACAGCCGCCGGAUCGAGGAGAGUCCAUCAGGGGGCGCCCUGUGCUCAGCCAUGUUGUUUAGUUCAGAGGAGCGGAGAGCAGCAGAGCAGCACAGGAUCACAGUACAUGGUGUACCAGGACCUACACCUUUCACUGUGCUGUCUGUGAACAAGCAGACCACUGCCAAACAGCUAUUAGAUACGAUAUCGUCAUCUACAGGAAGUACUAGUGACUACUUCCUGUGUGAGGAGAAGGUGCCUUUGUGUAAAGGGCGAUGUGCUCAGCUGCGCCCCCUAGCUCCCGAGGAAGAGGUGGUCAGGCGGGUGAACAGCUGGCCGCCAGAGGAAGGCUACUUGGGCAGGCUUUGCCUCAAGACCAGGGAAGAGAAGCUGAAUGAGAAGAACACAGUGAUGGAGGGAGUGGAGGAGGUGAGUGUGGGAGGAGGAGGUGGAGAGGACGACACCUUCUUCGUCCAGGUGCAUGACGUUUCCCCGGAGCAGCCUCACACUGUGAUCAAGGCUCCUCGCUACAGCACGGCCCAGGACAUCAUCCAGCAGACACUAAGCAAAGCUAAGUACUCAUGCAGUAUCCUCCACAACCCCAACCCCAGUGACUACGUUCUAAUGGAGGAAGUUGCUAAGGAGGUUGGCUCUAAGAAGUCGUCAGCGCCCAAGCCCCUCCAGCGCAUCCUAUUGGACCACGAGUGUGUCUUUCAGGCCCAGAGUCGUUGGAGGGGGGCGGGCAAGUUCAUCCUCAAGCUCAAGGAACAGAUGGUGCGUGAGGACAAGAGGAAGGGGAUGUCGUUCGCCAGCGAGCUGAAAAAGCUGACCAGUCGCAGCAGGAGCGUGACGAGCGGGGGGGCGGGCAGCCUGACGCUAGCCACGGCGAGCCAGGAGAGCUCCGCCCACAGUAAGGAUGAGAGGGCGGCAUGCUGUGUGUCACUGACUGAGACCCUCCAUGAGUGAGCUUGCCUCGCACUGCCCCCUGUGGGCAUGGAGGCUCCCCCAGGGUCUCUCUCAAUGGGACUGAAGGCGUGGGUGGCGGAGGGGGGACUCCUGGGGGAUGACCCCACCUCUCUGACCCCUCCCCCCUGGUCUCUCCCCCUCCUCAGGAACUGGAAGAUCCACAAAUGAAUCCUGGACUCACGCCCCUUCCUCCUAACUAACCAACCACAGAGCACCUACAGUGUUCCUGAACACUCCUGAGGAUUCUCUCCUCGCCUAACCCCCUCACCUGAGUGGAGGACAGGAUUCUGCCUAUAGGUCUGGAUUUCCGAUUGGCUGCCUGUCUGAGAGAUAAGCAACUUGGAAGGAGUGGCAAGUCUUUGAUUGAGACGGCUGGCCCUGGUGGUGGUUAGCAGGUUCCCCACCUGCAGGAUUGGACAUCCUGACGCAGGCUGCAUGGAGGAUAUGAUCUAGAAGCAGCUAUCCUAGCGUAGCCCAGCCUGGUUAAUUUUUGAAUGGGAUCUCCAUAACGGGAGUGCCUCCCUUUGGGGUUAGCCUUGUAAGCUAGAGUGAGUUUAAAAAAGAGCUUGGAGGUCAAAACAAAUGUUUGGCCACAUCCAUGCAGGUCUAUGUGACAGCGAUGUGGUGUGGUCUGGUGGUAAGCGGCCAUAUUGAAGCCAGAUAAUUUAGUCAAGGGAUAAAACGAGUGGAGUAGAGAGGGUGUUUAGCCUCCAUCCUUCUCUCUGUCCCUCUCUUGUCCUGGUCAGGACUAGGGCAUGGUGAAGUUGGCCAACAAGCUGGCUUGUUUGAUUCUUCUACAUGUGACCCUGUCUUCACAGUACUGUAAUUUCAAAAAAAUAAUAGUUGUGUAUUGAUUAACUGUUUCGGUCAAGUGUUUUGCACUUUGUUUAUGUCAUUCAUUUUUACUGUAAUGGUCCAUAAGUAUUUUCUAUCAGCGCAUCUUUUGACUGCAAUUAUACUUUUUUGGGAUAGUAAUGGUGUUUCAGUGAGAUAGAUGUGGAAAUGGAGUUGAGGUGAUAUUUAGUUGGAAUUCUAUUGUCUCCCUGAGACUUAACAUGAGUUCUGUUUAGAAAUGUGCUAAUACCAGCCAGCAUAACUACAAGAAUCAUGUGAUGUAUUUCUCAGUCCCUACAUGUCAUGGAUUAUCAUGUAGUCAUUGUCCUUGGUUGUAGCAGAAAACUAAAAGCCAGUUCAGGGGUUGUUGAUUUUGACACUGAUAUUGUUACUCAUAUCACAUUUUUUAUGUUAUAUUAAAAAUAUUAAUAUACUGUAGUCUGAUCAUUAACUUUCAAAGGAUUGUUAGUGAAUCUUUUUAUUGUUUCCCUUCAUUAUAUUUAUUAGCGAAACAUGUAUUUCUUGAUGAGCAACAUUUAGUUCAUAUUCUUUUUUGAAAGCACUAAGGUUUGGCAUUUCUGAUUACUUUACGCUGUACUACAGUGCUCCCCUUCAGGCUGUUUCUGGUACUGCAAGAGAGGAACACUUCAACGUACUCAGGACAUUAGUUUUUCAACCUGUCCAGAGAUGAAGGCAUCAUAUGAUUAUUGUAUUUGGCUUAAGACACUACUUUGGAUUUGAAAUAAUAUAAACUAUUAUUUUAUGAAAGGACUGAAUUACACCAUGUAAGUCCUUGCAAUAAUGAAGUCACAUCUUCCGAUCCUUAUGAAUGGUCCAUGUCUUUUUUCAUCUUCUUUUCUCCUCUGUUCCUGAAGCUUGUUUGUAGAGAUUUGUGUGUAUAUAUGUGAAUGUUAUUUAUUUCAUUGUGUAGCCCUGGUUGGCUGCUUUAUCAUUGUGUGUAUAAAGCCCUUAUGUGUUUUCUGCCAAUAGAAAAGCUGUUUAGGUUUUAAUUUAUUUCAAAUGGCAGGAGAGGAAACUCUACAUACAGUACACAACCUAUUAUUGUGGUUUAAAUAAAACAUAUUUACUUGUUUUGACAAAAAUAUACGUUAAUAUCCAGUAAAUGUUUGCUAGUUUAUUGAUCGCUGUACAGAGUGGCCUUUCAAUGUUUGUGAUUCCUUGUAUCAACUUUGCUUACAAAUUCAACCUUUAAGUUUUUUGUAAAGUUUUAAGAAAUUGGUUUAUUCAUUUUAUCCAGUUAAUAUAGUUCAAGCUAUAAGCUAAUCUAGUUGAACAUGUCUUUGUAUUUCUUUCCCGGUGAUGAAUGUACAGUUCUAUCCACAUCCUGUUUACGACCUGUGACUUCAGUAGACUAGUGUCUAUUUAUUUGAACUAUUUAAAUGGGUAAUUGUCCUCUCUUAUGAUCAUAUUAAAUGUUAUAGUUAUUCAUCUUGA